AUUCUGUUCAGCCAUUUUUUUCAGACAAGAUGGAUAUUCACUGAACCACUCAGGAAGGGUAUUCCUGAACACAUGAGAUUGUCCCAGGGAAGAAGGUGGUCCCACCRUCUAGGACACUGGUCCUGCUUUUAAUUUCCAGAUCUCUCUCAUGGACUCUGUGAGACCCUGUAUGGGCCUCACUCAUUCUUCAGUUUGUGCUGGAAGUCCUCUGAUGACUAAAACAAACAGGAAUACUCCUACGAUAAAGGAGUUAACUUAACAGUCAAAUUAAUAAUUUUGAUCUCAUUCUUUUCUUGGUGCUGUAGGGUAGUAAGGGUUUCUAAACCAAGAGCAAACUCCCUGCCCAGAGAGGCUCAAAAUURGUGAUACUUACACUCUAAKSAAAGCACUGCAUUCAGYACACCAAUGUUAGUAAUAGGAAAUUCCCUCCAACCUGUCACUGUCCAGCAAAGCACUGUKUAGARACCAAUGAAAUUGCUUUCAACAAAAGGAGUYCUAAUUUAAUAAUAACGGUAGUGUCUGGGCUGUCAGAGCGGUCUGCUAAUGCCAUGGAGUCUACUUCCGCACAGGAAUUGCUCAGUGAUACUAUCAGUUGUUGUAAACUGUCUUGGCUGGGAAGUCAAUCAUUAACUCUGGUCCCCAUGUCAUAAAAACAUCAUAUUGUAAGAGCACGACUCGCUUAAGGCUCUCACUAAUCAAUCAGGCAUACAGCAGGAGUACAGCAACACAUAAAAGGAGCCASAGACUCGGGAAAUCCUUCAGCUAAGGGGAGACAAGCUGCACCGAGGUUUAUCUCCAUGGAGAAAUCCACUGACAAGCCAAACAAGGAAAACGGAUUGCCUGGAGUACUGCAGGCUGAGGAGGAUGGUCCCUUGCCUGCUGCAGGAGGUGCUGUAGAAAUGAGYGGAGCAGGAUCCGUAACGCUUCACACAAAACAUGAGAAGAAAGUGGGAUUCACUGAAGAGCCUACUGAAGAAAUGGAGRGACCUUCAGGAACAGAAAGAGUAAGUCCUGCUGCCUUUAAACCAGCAAUUUUGGAAAGAGACUGUCCAAACUCAAAGCCUCUUGCUGUGCUACCGAACACAAACUCUCCCGAAAUGAGCAGGUUGGAACAGAACCACCACUGCUCAGAGAAAGCCACCCUGGAUACGGACUGCAUGAUAUGCUUCAACAAGUACAGCAUCUACAGAGUCCCAAAGCUCCUGGACUGCCAGCACACCUUUUGUGCCGUGUGCCUCAAGCUGAUACUCAGGAAAGAGGAGAACACCUGGGUAAUUACCUGCCCCCUUUGCAGAAAACCCACCUUUGUGUCAGGAGGGCUCAUCCGCACACUCCAGAAUAAAGAAGACAUCCUGGAGCAUGUGGAAAACCUUGAUCCAAACCCUGAAGUGUACAUCUGUGCCAUGGGGUUGGACAGCAGUAGYUGGACUCAGAGCAGCCAGGACAUUUUAGACACAGAGGAAAACAGCCCAGCAGACACCAGCCUGGUUGUGCAGAGACUCGUGCUGCUCCUGCUGCUCGCAGUGAUCCUCGCCAUGCUCAUCCUCCCUUUUAUAUACUCAGGGAGGGUGAAAUGGGUAAUUUGUCUUUUGCUUUCUUUGGGGUUGGUCAUGUCUAUGGUGCUGUGUUGCACUCCUAAAUUGCACUGCAGGUGCAAGAAGGACUCUCCCACCUCCUGUGACAAGGAGAUCCACAUUGUUACUGUUGCCUGAAACAAUUAACCUGCGUGUCCCGGAGAUAACGGACUAGGCCAACGUGCAGGCUGGGCACACCAGUGAGUUAUGGAUUUGAAAACACAGAAUAAAUUCAUCAGUUGGCCGAGCUGGCUCAAUGCCAAUGCACAGUGCUGUUCAAUCUCAUUACUUCAAACAAAAUGAACUAUUUAUAUGUUGGUAUUUAUGUGUUUUCCACAAAAUUUUUAUCCCACACUAGUCGUUGUGUUGGUUUGCUUUUGCUGUUUUGUUUGUGUCCGCGUCCCCUCCUGAUCAGCCCUGCAGGAUGUCAUCUGGAACACACGGGAGGUCAUGUCCUGGAACACUCCGCGGUUGCUCUUUCCCACUCUCUGAACACAUGGACACCUUUCCUUGGGACAAUGUGGGAAAAAAGGCUGCUAAAUCAGGGACUGGGUGCUUGGAAGAGAGUAGUUUUAACGCAGAUGAUCACCUUAA